UGCCCGCUGCAGAGGGACGGCGUGUACCGUUGGUUCUCGGAGCUGCCGUCGCCGCAGCGCGUGGAGUUCCUGUGCGGCCUGCUGGACCUGUGCAUCCCGCUCGAGCUGCGCUUCCUCGGCUCGUGCCUCGAGGACCUGGCCCGCAAGGACUACCACUCGCUGCGCGACUCGGAGAUCAAGGCCAACAACCCGGCUGACCUGGGCAGCCUCACCAACCUGACGGACGAGGUGGUGCGCAGCAAGCUGCUCGUGUCGCUGGCGCUGCUGGGCUCGGAGCAGCGCGAGGCGGCGGGCGUGCUCUACCGCACGCUCACGCACAUCGACUCCAUCAUCCACAACUACGGGCUGCAGCUCAACGAGGGCCGCACGGGCGAUGAGUUCCUGCUGCUCUUCACCAUGGCCUCCAACCACCCGGCCUUCAGCUUCCACCAGAAGCAGGUGCUGCGCCAGGAGCUCACGCAGAUCCAGAGCAGCCUGAGCGGCGGCGGCGGCGGCGGAGGCCACGGCGGCAAAAGCGCGCUGCCCACCUGCCCCGCCUGCCACAAGGUGACUCCAAGAACUGAGGCCCCCGUCAGCAGUGUGAGUAAUAGUUUGGAGAAUGCACUACAUACAUCGGCACAUUCCACGGAGGAGUUGCUACCCAAGAGGACUGUGGGGAAACACUCCAAAGUGAGUGUUGAAAAGAUAGACCUGAAGGGAUUAUCUCACAAAAAAAGUGAAAGAAAUGUUGAAUGUUCCUUUGAGGUCUUGUGGUCUGAUUCUUCAGUAACAUCAGUAACCAAAUCUUCCUCUGAAGUGACUGAAUUUAUUUCAAAGUUACCCCAGCUGUACCCUGAAGAAAAUCUGGAGAAGUUCAUUCCUUGCUUAGCUGGCCCAGAUUCCUUUUAUGUAGAGCGAAACCACAUGGAUCUGGAAGCGGACCUGAGGUAUUUGGCUUCAUUACCUUCUCACGUGUUAAAAAAUGACCACGUUAAGAAAUUUUUCAGCACUUCAUCUCCCACCCAACAGCUUCAAAGUCCAAGUCCUGGCACCCCUUCCCUCUCUAAAGUGGGUACCAUGAUGGGCGUGUCUGGAAGGCCUGUGUGUGGCGUGGCCGGCAUCCCCUCCUCUCAAAGCAGUGCGCAGCACCACAUGCAGCACUCGGCCAGCGCGGCCACCUUGCCCCACUGCUCCCAUGCGGGGGGUGCAGGCUCGGCGUUGGCCUACCGGGCCCAGAUGGACAGCUCGCCCGCCAUCCUGAUGCCCUCCAGUCUGCAGACCCCUCAGACCCAGGAGCAGAACGGGAUCUUAGACUGGCUUAGGAAGCUGCGCUUGCACAAGUACUACCCUGUCUUCAAACAGCUCACCAUGGAGAAGUUUCUGAGCCUUACUGAGGAAGAUCUAAAUAAAUUUGAAUCCCUUACAAUGGGAGCAAAGAAAAAACUCAAGACUCAGCUAGAGCUGGAGAAGGAGAAGUCAGAGAAACGGUGCCUGAACCCUGCAGCCCCACCCCCGGUCACCAGCAGCGGAGUGGCCCGCGUCCCCCCCACCAGCCACGUCGGGCCCGUGCAGACCGUGCGAAGCCCCCAUGCUGCAGCGCUGCGGGUAGAAGUGGAGCAGCCCCCUCACCAGACGGCCCGGGAGGGCAGCUCCUCGGAAUGCUCCAGCUCCUCACCCAGCCCGAUGGGGGUGCAGGCCCGGGAAGAGAGCUCGGACAGCGCCGAGGAGAACGACAGACGUGUGGAGAUGCACUUGGAGGGCUCGGAGAAGGAGAAGCCUGUCAUGCUACUGAACCAUUUUGCUUCAAGUUCCGCCAGACCCACGGCCCAGGUUCUCCCGGUGCAGAACGAGGCAGGCUCCAGUCCAGCGGGCCACCACCCCCUCCCCCCCCAGAUGAUGGCCGCGGCCUCGCACCUGGCACCCAUCCGGAUGCUGAAUUCCGUGCACAAGUCCGAAAGGGGGGGCGCGGACAUGAAGCUCCUCCCGCCUUCCGUGCACUCACUGCUGUCUCUAGAAGAAAGGAGUAAACUCUCGGGACCAAGAGGCGGCAUCAAAGUGGACAAGAACUUCGGCCACACCGUGAUCGACGCAGCACCCACGCCCACCCCCCAGCAGCCCCUGCAGGUGCUCUCUGCACUGGCCGAGAGCAGCUCCGUGUCACCCACCGUCUCCUUCGGUCCCCGCGCCAAAGUCGUGCACACGGCUGCGCUGGACAGGGUGAUGAAGCCGGCCCCGCAGCCGGCCCUGGCGGGGGAGGCGAGCACCGCUGCCGCGGGGACGUCCAGCGCCGUCUUCCACAUGGCUCGGCCACCCAUCAAACUUCUGGUGUCUUCAUCUGUCCCUGCGGAUUCUGCCAUUUCUGGGCAAACUCCCUGUUCGAAUAAUGUGCAAAUAAGCGUGCCCCCUGCAAUAAUAAACCCCCGGACUGCUCUGUACACCAACACCAAAGCUGCCUUCUCUGCGAUGAGCAGUGUGCCCGUGGGGCCCCUGCAGGGCAGCUUCUGCGCCAGCAGCAACACUGCCUCCUCCAGCAGCCACCCGCCCACGUCCUUCGCCAGCAUGGCCUCUGUGCCCAGCUGCCCGGCCCCCAGCUCCAGCCCCGCACUCUCCUCUGCCCCUGAAAGCAGCUUCUACAGCGGCGGGGGCGGCGGGGGCGGGGGCGGCGGCUCCCCGGGGAGCCUCCCCGCCCCCACCCAGAACCACCACCACCACCACCACCAUCAGCAGCAGGCGGCGGCGCCCCAGCAGCCCACGCCCGCCCCGCCGCCCGGCUGCGUCGUGUGCACAUCGUGCGGGUGCAGCGGCAGCUGCGGCUCCAGCGGCCUGACCGUCAGCUACGCCAACUACUUCCAGCACCCGUUCUCGGGGCCGUCCGUGUUCCCCUUCCCCUUCCUGCCCUUCAGCCCCGUGUGCGGCAGCGGCUACGUGGGCGCCCAGCAGUACGGCGGCGGCGCCUUCCCCGUGGUGCACUCGCCCUACGGCGGCAGCGUGCCUCCAGAGCCCGUCCUGGGCGGCCAGUCGGCCUUUGCCGUGCCGCCCAUGCAGAGCUUCAUGGCGGGCGCGGCGGGCGUGUACCAGGCCCCGGGGCUGGUGGGCAGCAGCAACGGCUCCGGCCACAAGAAGAGCGGCAAUCUGUCGUGUUACAACUGCGGGGCCACCGGGCACCGCGCUCAGGACUGCAAGCAGCCGUCCAUGGACUUCAAUCGGCAAGGUACUUUUAGGUUGAAAUAUGCCCCUCCAGCAGAAAGUCUGGACUCCACAGACUGA